CCUCAAUUUUCUAAUAGAGAAGAUACAAAUCUAUCGUUUCUGAGGCGCAUUUCUUCAUUUGCAGUUCAGAAUUGCUGAGGCGUGGACCACUGGUUAUGGCGAGUUACUGUCGUCGACGAAAGUUGGGACUUGAUACAUGAUAGCGUUUAGGCGCGGUUGUGAGGGCUAUUGAGUAGUUGAGGUCAUAUUACAACUACUUUCGCUUUCCAAGAACUCAGCGCAUCUCGAGGAAGUUUGCGAACAGUGAGACUUCACCGAAAGAAUUUUCUCCAUCAGACCAGGUAGCCAUGGCAGACAACACGGUUUCCAUGAUUGUGCUUGUUUUCGUGGUCAGUUGUUCCGUGUGUUUGCUGAAUGGAGAAGGAAAACGCCACGAGGAUGCAGUACCUAUCAACAGGGCUAGGCGUUCUGUUCCAAUCAAGUAUGACAUCUACACUCUGGACUACUUUAUCGAGCUUGUGGAGAAGAUUGAAAGAAACACCAUUACAAGUGGAGAUUCUAUAAACAAGGUUGUUAACUAUGUUCGUCUCCUCGGUUACAACACUGAUCUGUGGAACAUAGUGUGUGGCAAAGCAGAUCCACUACCAGACCCUAUUUUGAACUCAGAAGAGAGACGUGUCCUGAAGAACAUGGUUGUAAACAGUUACAGCGAUCAAUCCAGCAGGCGAGAGGGUGUGGUGUUAACAUCAGACCGGGAAACCAUUUCCAUGGGUCGAGUCUUACUAGGCAUUUGUGCAGGGCUGAAUCGCGAUAAAAGCCUCUCACUCAGAGCAUGGACCUCAGGAGCUCCACUGCGUGUUGAUAAUUUGUUUACAGCAACAAUUGCAUACAGCCUUGGACGAAGCGCACUGUAUAAAGCAAAUGGUGACACUUCAGAUUUGUUUGGUCCAUCUGGAUCAUGGAGCCCAAAAACUGAAUGCCCUGCUUCAUACUCCUUAACUAACACAGCUUCUAAGGCUACUGAUGCUGAAUUACUGGGAGAUGUUGAUGGGUUCCUCCUAGGGCAUGGAAUCCCCCAAUGGAAGAAGAAAGGUGUUAGGCUUGGUCAGUUGCUGAGAAUGUACUACGGAUCAGGCAUCCUUUAUGAUACUUCGUAUGCAAGGUGCCGGAGAAACUCUAAAUUUUCAAGUAUCGUCAAUAAAGAUAAUCUUCUGAGUGAGAUAAACGGAUUUGCCUCCGCCUACUAUGACAGAAACUCAGCUCAGCUUACAAGGGUAAAUCAAGGCAGAAUCCUCUCUCUGUCCAAGGACAUAAAUGAAAAAUUCUUCCCCCACCUGGGUAAUAUUGCAGGAAAUUCCAAGUGCAGUAUUGACAAAGACAGCGAAGAUUGUGAAAUUCCAGCUAAUGUUGUAUUUGUCAUGGACGAGUCAGGAAGUGUUGGUUUUGACAACCAUUUGAAGGAGAAGGAAUUCAUCGGAGAGAUCAUUAAAACAUUUGACAUUUCUCCACUUCAAACUCGCGUGGCUAUUGUUGAGUAUUCCAAUACAGCCAGUGUAGCAGUAGCUUUAGACAACUAUGGCUCCAAAACGCGACUGAUGUGCGCAGUAGAUGACAUCUCGUAUUCUGGCGGCUCCACGCGGACUGCAAUGGCUCUAGAGACUGUUCACUACAAUGUGUUACGACCCGCUUUGGACAAUCCAGUGAGCGACACAGAAACAGUACAGAUCGUCAUUGUACUCACAGACGGCAGAUCUGGCAAUCGUUACGCCUUGGAGAACGCGGCGAAGGAUUUGAAGAAAGACAUAAAGGACCUAACAAUGAUUUCUGUUGGGGUCGCAAAUUACGAUCUUUUCGAGCUGCGUUUGAUUGCCACUGACGAGAAGCACCAUGUUUUCACUGCUGAAAACUUCGACAAACUUCCUGAGUUGGUCACGUCGCUGAGAACAAGGGCUUGUAAUGCACCUAUUAACAUGGGCUUGAACUUCACUGAGUCAAAAGACUCCACAGAAGUCGUAGCGUUCGUUUCUCCAAAUAAGGCACGAUUCUUUACUUUGCCGGCGGAGCUUUUUUUCGGGGUCGAAGAAAUUUAUAUUGACGUUGUACCACAGUAUGGCACUGUGACUGUGUAUGCAUCAAGGAUAACAGAUACUCCGGGUCCAGACAAUUACACUCUCAAAAUUGGACCGGCAGGAGAAGGAGAAGAGAUGCAGCUGCAGUUUACAAACCUUUGUGCCGGUUACAAUUCCUCUGAAACUUGUCCUCCAAUCAACAUCGGAAUAUACGGAGAAUCGUCUUCACUUUCCUGCUCAGAGCGAGACUGCAAUCUCCCAAAUCAAAUCAAAUUCAAGAUAAGAAGAGGAACACCUAAAAAAAACAGAGGAGGCAUCACGACUACAGACCUGUUUUUCCGUCAUUUUCUUCUCACAGCUUCGAUCUUGGUUUUGAAUCUUUUGUAACUGAUCGUUCGAUCACGAUUGCUGGCUAAAAAAUCCUUCUCUCACAAGUGAUAUGAUAAAUCAAUAGUUAGUAGGCUGGAUAGUCUGAAUAAGCUUUAGGUCAUCUUGGCUGGAGAUUACGUAGAAUGGUGCUAAGAU